CCUACUACAUACACAAAAAACUACAAAAUAUAAAAACCAUUUUUAACGAAAAAAUAAAAAAAAAGAAAAUCAUGGAAAACCUAGAAAAUGAGGAAAUAACAAUUCAGCCUCUAACAGAGGAACAAGUCAAAGAGAUCCGCGAAAUCUUUGCGCUCUAUGAAACCCAGACGCCUGGAAUGAUUAGCCAAGUUAAUAUUUGCGAAGUGAUGUUCGAACUGGGCGUUUUUCGUACCGAAGCUGAGAUCAAUCGGUUGCUCAAGGAAUUUGAGUUGGAACGCAACGAGGAGGUCACGGUGGUGCAGUUUCUGGAUGUUAUGACCAAAAUCUACCAGCAGAUGUACAACAAGGAUUCCCUUAAGGCGGCGUUCGACGUGCUUGAUAACACAAAAAAUCACUUUAUUAACGGCAGCGACCUUCGUCACGUGGCUCUGUCUAUGGGCAUAAAGUUUACGGAUCUAGAGUUUGAAGAAAUGUUCAAGGAGAUUGAUUUCGACGCCGAUGCAAAUCUACGACGUAUUCAUGCAUAUCAAGAGAGCUCAGUAGGUCUGAAGCCCCGUACCGAUAAUUUAAAAACAUUAUCGUCCAACUACAGUUAAUUGUAUUACUCUGUGAGUGGGUGGCGGUGCUACAUUGAAUCGAUGGCGUCAAAUUGAUAUAGCUCAAUAGCGCUCGUUUGAUGAGUAUCUAUCAAACAAGUAAAUAUGAAAUAGCGGUAUAAACGCUCUACAAACGCAUUGAUAAAGCUCGCGGUCAUUGGUGCAAUUUAAGUCAGUGAUGGACAAAUGGAUUUCUGACACAAAUUAUCAUAAAUAGGGCGGUAUUAAUAUUUAAAAAUAAUCGGAGGAAAAAACCAAGCAUUGAGUUAAAUUUUAUGUAAAGUACCGAUUCUUUAAUUCUUCUGUAAUUGGCUUACAAAUUUUUAAGUUACAUUCCUUGAAUAAGUAGCAUUACCUGUCCCCAACAUUUUAAAAUAAAACCUGAUGUCUUUUUUAUUUAAUCCAGCCCCUGUCAUUCCCACGAGCCGAGCAAUUAACAAAAUAAAAAUUGUACGUUGAGUUUUAGCGACAUAAAAAUAUAUUUGGUUGAAUAAAAAAAUGCUAAGCCUGUG